AUUACUGAUGAGAAAAAGCCAAACAAGAUGAGUAACAAAUCUCCAACAAAGCAACCACCUGCCAAAUCUUCGGGUAAAAAUGUUACCUGCAAUGUUUUCUUGCUUGACGGAGAAAAUGUGGAGUUCAGCAUUGAUAAGAAUGACAAUGGCCGAGCUUUGUUUGACAAAGUAUGCACGCACCUGGACCUUAUAGAGAGAGAUUAUUUUGGCCUGACUUACACGGAUGACAGAGGACCCUCUCAUCUGAAGUACUGGUUACAUUUAGACAAGAAGAUAGCAAAACAGAAGAAACGUGGUCCUUGGGUUUUUGAAUUUGCCCUGAAGUUCUACCCACCUGAUCCUUCACAGCUAAGAGAAAGCCUUACAAGAUGGCUAGUGGUGCUGCAAGUCAGGAGAGACUUACUGAGUGGAAGGAUCCCAUGCACUUUCACUACAUAUGCUAUACUAGGAUCUUACAAUGUGCAGGCGGAUAUUGGAGAAUAUGACCCCGCUGUUCAUGGAAAUGCAUACGACUACAUCAAAGACAUGGCCUUCGCUCCAAAUCAAACACCAGAGCUGCUGGAGAAAAUUGCAGAGCUUCACAAACUACACAAAGGCCAAACACCAGAUGAGGCUGAAAAAGGCUUCCUGGACAAUGCCAAAAAACUGGCCAUGUAUGGUGUUGACCUUCACAAAGCCAAGGAUUCUGAAAACAAUGCUGUCAUGGUUGGAGUCUGCUGCAGUGGCUUGCUUAUUUUUCGAGACAAGCUUCGCUUAAACCGCUUUGUUUGGCCUAAGAUUCUUAAGUUGUCUUACAAGCGCAACCAUUUCUACAUCAAGAUUCGACCUGGAGAGAUGGAAAGGAAUGACACAACUAUCAUGUUCAAGCUAGAUAACCACAGAUUGGCCAAACGCUUGUGGAAGACCUGUGUAGAGCACCAUGCAUUUUUCCGUUUGAGAGAAGCCGAGAAGCCUAGCAACAAUGUGACCUUCCCACGUUUCGGAUCCAAGUUUCGCUACUCUGGUCGCACACUGUACCAAACUAGACAAACAGCAGCACUUUUGGACAGGCCACCUCCUUUCUUUGAAAGGUCACAGCCAGCCAGAAAUACCAUGCCUGACACAGGGACUCGUUCACGCAGCAUGGAUGACAUGGGUCGUCCCAAGAAAAGAGGCUCAUAUGAAGAUGGAAUGUAUGAUCCAGACAGAGCGAGUAAAGAGUACCCCGGGAAAUAUGGAGAUGGAAAGGACAAAAAGGAUGUUAAGGGUGUUCCUACAGCUAAAGCUCAGGCUGGCAGAGAUGGGGAAGGUCGUGGUGCUGGAGAUGAGAAUACAUUGCAGAGACGGCCGUAUGACUCAGACACUGCCGACCGAAAGGACAGGCUACCAAGCCAAGGGGAUGCAACUCUAGAGCGAGAAAUUGGUAGAGGCCAUGGUGACACUAUGGGUCUCCCUGAAGGCCAGGAGAAGCCUGAAACGGAAAAGGAGAGAAAAAAGAGAGAAAAGGAAGAGGAAAGAAAGAAAAAGAAAGAGGCUGAAGAGAAAAAGAAGAGGGAGGAAGAAGAGAAGAAAAAGAAAAAGAAGAAAGGCAAAGGAGACUUGGAGACCUCAGAAGACAGGGGAGAUAAAAUUGGAUACGAUCCUGCCACAGAGACGGCGUUUGGUGUUAGCCCCGGAUCUGCACCACUUGAAGGCAACGGAUAUGACAAAGAUGGUUAUGACAGGAAAGGUUAUGACAAAGAUGGCUAUGACAGAGAUGGCAAGGACAGACAUGGAAAACCCCGGAAGGACAAAAAGGGUGGGCUUUUCAGCCGGAUCAAAAAAGGUGGCAAAGACAGUGACGCAGAAGAAAGUCCAAGAGGAAAAAAUAACAUUUUGAGUUCUGCUCCUGGCCUGCCAUAUGGCGUUGGUCUCGGUGUCGGCAAGGGAGAUAUGACUGGCGUAGUGGGUGAAGAGAAAUCUGUUGACAACAAGCUCCGGUUUAUACCCAUUCCUGCACCUCCCAAACCCUCAUAUAUUAAUAGACCAAUCUGCAUUCAAGCAACAUCAAGUCAGUCUGGUUAUCUUUACUUACUAAAUAAUUUCCUGACUACGAUGCCUUUCUUCCAUCCUGCAGCCACAAGCACGGUCGGCCGCCCUAAAGUUCCUCCUCCUGUUCUUCCCAAAGGCAGCCAUGGAUUGGAUGACAGCUUCAAUGCACCAACAGUUGCCACGAAAACGGUCAAAUACAACCCAAAUUUCUCUGAGGUGACACUGUCCAGUAGGAGUGUACCCCUGGUGAGAACAGAAACUCGCACCGUCUCAUACACACAGGGCAACUCUACAUAUGAGGUGGAUGAUGACGGGUUGAUGAGUGAGCAGUCUCGCAGCUUGAGAUUGCAGUCAUUUGAAAGCAUCCCUUCCAAGGCAAAUAGAAGUACCUUCUCGGGAGAUGAAGACGAUGAUUAUGAUUUCGAUGCUGCCCUGACUGAUGCCAUCCGCUGUGUGACAGAGUUCAACCCUGACAUGUCAGUUGAGCGUAUUGAGUGUGUUCAGCAGUUAGAGGAUGUCAAGAAUGGCAAAUGA